AUGAGACCAAUAAAGUUAAUGGGACAUGAGCGUUCAUUGACUCAAGUCAAAUAUAAUAGAGAAGGAGAUUUAUUAUUUUCUGUAGCAAAAGAUAAUGCAGCAUCAAUUUGGUAUUCAUCAAAUGGUGAAAGAUUAGGAACUUUAGAAGGACAUCAAGGUGUAAUUUGGUCUAUUGAUGUUGAUCCAGAAACUAAUUUAUGUGUUACAGGUGGAGGUGAUUUAGUAGUAAAAUUAUGGAAAGUUAGUAACGGAGAAUGUGUAUAUACAUGGGAAAGUCCAUCACCAGUAAGAAGAGUAUCAUUUUCACCAGAUGGUAAAAAAUUAUUAGCUAUUGCAGAUCAAGUUAUGGGUCAUAUAGGUACAAUUUCAAUAUAUGAUAUAAAUCGUGAAAAUCCCAAAGAACAAAACAAUGAACCAUCAUUAAUAAUAGAAACUCAAGAAGAUGGAUCAAAAGCAAAUGUUGCAGGAUGGACACAAGAUGGUAAAUAUAUAAUUUCAGGUAAUGACGAUGGUACAGUAUCCAAAUUUGAUGCAACUACAGGAGAAUUAUUACAAACUUUACAAGCUCAUGGUAUACAUAAUGAAGAGAAAAAUAUUAGUUUGACAGAUAUUCAAUUUGCACCAGAAGAUAGAUCAUAUUUUAUAACAUCAUCAAAAGAUAAGUGUGCAGUAAUAAUUGAUGUUGAUACAUUUGAAAUAUUAAAAGUAUUUAAAGCAGAUGCACCAAUGAAUACAGCAGCAAUAACACCAGUAAAAGAUUUUGUCAUAUUGGGAGGUGGUCAAGAAGCAAGAAAUGUUACUACAACAGCAGAAUCUCAAGGUAAAUUCGAAGCAAGAUUUUAUCAUAAAAUAUUUGAAGAAGAAAUUGGACGUGUAAAAGGACAUUUUGGUCCUUUAAAUACUAUCGCAGUACACCCAGAUGGUACAGGUUAUAGUAGUGGAGGAGAAGAUGGUUUUAUUAGAGUUCAUACAUUUGACAAAUCUUAUAACGAAUUUCUUUUUGAUGCAGAAAGAAAUGAAAAAGCAACAGCAGCUGGGACUAUUUAA